AUGGAACAUGCCGGUGGCAUCCUACUUCAAGAAGCCUGGGCACAUAUGCCGUCAGAUAAGAAAAUAAAAUGUAUUGGGGCAAUAUGCACAAGCAUUCUUCCAAUAACUAAACUUGAUUUCGCGGCCUAUGGUAGCCUUUACUUUGCCAAUGCAUCAUUCCUUGACAAUAAGUCUAAACAAAUAUUAAGCAACAAUAAUAAAUUCUGCAUUGGACCCCAUUGCAGAAGCAGUACCUACUGGAAUAACAAUGUUGGUGAGACAAGGUACUACACACUCAAACCACCAAAUAGAGGACCGUGGCAUGAUCUCUCCUCGUACACUUCUGCUCUAAUCGACUCUGGAUUUGCACGACUGCCGCCUGUUAGUCAGCCUCUAUCCAUCCAACAGCAGGCCUCAUAUCAAGGUUCCAUUGAAAGACAUGUAGAAUUGCUCAAAACGGGCGAAAAAGUUUUUCCUCAUCUUGUCCAACAUCCAGAGAUUCAAGAAAAUUCAGCACCCACCCUUUUCCACCCAGAUCUUCACAAGAGGAAUAUUUUCGUCUCCCAAGAUGAUCCUACAAUUGUAACAGGAAUCAUUGAUUGGCAAGCCGCGAGUAUUGAGCCAGCAUUCUAUUACGCUGAUGAGGUACCUGAUUUUGCCAGAAUUCCUACUGAAGGACCAUCAGACUCUGCAGAAGAGUCACUUUGGUACCAGGCAUAUGAGGUAGGAUUGGCUCUACUAGCUCCUCGUCUAGGAGCAACUAGAAAAAUUGAUGAGGCACUCCUCCGGCCAUUUCGCUAUUGCCAUCGCACCUGGCGGGACGGCUUUGUCCCAUUUACUCAUGAACUAAUGAGGUUAAGGGAUUCAUGGGAAAAGCUUGGAUUUGAGAAAGAAUGUCCCAUUCCAGCCAUGGGUCCAGAAGAAAGGAAAUUUUAUGAGAAACAGCUUGAGAUAUAUGACGGAAUGCUGGAGUUUAGACGUGAUAUGUUUGAAGUCUUGGCGGUUGAGGAAGACGGUUGGGUGCCUGCAGAGCGAUGGGAGGAGGUAAAGAAGACACAUCAAGGUUUCUACGAGACACUUAUGGACAACCUGGAAGAUGAUGAGUCCCGUCAGGAACUUCGAACCAUGUGGCCCUUUGAUCAAUGUCAGCCUGAGAAUCAAGUUACGCGGAAAGACAAUGACGUCUAG